GGGCCUUCCUGCAAUUGACACUCAGAAAUGCAUCUUGCCUUUCCCCUCCAAGUCUCCCAGGGCUCCUAUGAUUCCCAAGUACCAAGUCCUCAGUGUGAUGUUCAAGGACAGACACUGAGCUUCCCACUACUGCAUAUCAGGCACUGGCAUGGAUUAAUUUACUUAAUCACAACAACCCAGUAAGGUGGAUAGUAUGACAUCCCAUUUUUAUAGUUGGGGACAAUGAGGCAUGGAGAGGUUUAGUAACUCCUCCAACAUCGCACAGCUGGGAAGGGGCAAAGCUAGGAUUUGAACCUGGGCCAUCUAGCUGGAGGGUCUCCUUGCUUAAUCAUCAUGCUGUACUGCCUCUGGAAGUGAGGACCUCCCUGAGGCGGUGACUUUUGAAGUGGUAGCUUAGAACAGUUCAGGCAGAAUAAUAACUCCUACAUCACAGGGUGGGUGUGAACACCCAGUGAGGGCUUAGGGUGGUGCUCAGCACUCAGCAAGAUGCUCAGAAAAUAUGAGCUUAAAAAGGGAUUAAGGAAGAUUUUACAGAGGCAAUGCUGAGUAGGGUUUUGAAGGGUAUGUAGGAGUCUUCCAGGAGGACUGGGUUAGGGGAAAGAUACCAGAAGGCCCAGCAAGGACAAAAGAAGAGAAAGGCAUAUACUGUGGCCUUUCUGGCUGACUGUGAUCCAUGGCAAGUUGCCCUUCACCUGGAAGUUUUUCCAGACAGACCUCCCCCAGGUUUCUCCAGCUGUGCCAGCCCUGACUACACUGGAAGGGCAGGGGUUGUGGAUGUGAGACCCAGAACUGAGUUCUUUCCUGUUUCCAGCCUUACCUAGUACAGGCCUGGGACCCCAUUCAGCUACCAUUUAUUAAAUAGAUAUGCUCUGCCUCUCCUGCUCACAUUCUAUGUCUCCCAUUUACUUGGGGAGCCAGUUCCCCGGCUUGGCUUGCCCUGCCUUGCUUGAACGGCCCUGCUAACGUCCUGCUGCUUCCUUUUGGACCCUGCCUCCAGCCACCCUGCCUUGACCCGCAAAGAGCACCUGGUUGCAGACUUCCAAGUUUUUGCACACACUGUUUCCUGCCAGGGAUGUCCUUCCUUUAGGGCCCAAUGUUAAGAUCUUUUUUUCUUUUAGGCUCGUCUCAGACCUCACUGACUCCUGUGGGAUCUUCUAGGUCCUUCUCACUGCCCAUCCUAACCCCUGGGGCUGGGAUCAUCUUUCACCCAGCUUUGGCUCCUAUCAUAAAUAAGAGGCCUAUGUUCAGGGCUGAGGCCUCUCUGGGGUGUCAGAGAGGGCAUGAGAGUGUCAGGACCUGGGAGCUGGUCUCAGUGCAGCCCUCUGUCCCCCCUACUCUAAGCAACCCUCUUCUGGCCCGCCUACCCCUGGACCCUGACUACUCCGUGCCUUGCUAUCGCUCACCUCCGGUCACCCUCCAACGUGUGUUUGCCUGCUAAUGAGAAGUGUGACAAGUGCUGCCGUUCGCUGAGCGGCUGCCCUGGGACUGGAGACCAGGAGGGGCUGGAGUGCUCUGGGCUGGCUCUCAGGAAACCUUCACCACACACCCCACUCCCAGGCCCUUCCUCAGAAAAGACCUUGGAAUAUACAUUUCACUGGUCCAGGACCCCAGAGCCAGAGACCUUGCAGCUGGCUGCACCCGAAAACACAGUGACAAUUGGAACCUGGAGGCCAGGGAGAGACUCGGGGCUUCAGUCGCAUGGGUCCCUCCCCAACUCAGACUCACAGAAGCACUGUAAUGACCAGGACCCUCCAAAGAGGCAUCACAGCAACACUAAGGUCAUCCCCACCCGGGAAACCCCUUCCUGCCGCACGCACUGCUAUCUACCGCUGCAGGGCUUAGGGAGGGAGCUGUGGGGGCAGAGUCCUCCUUGAGACCCCUCACACCCUCUGUCUUCAGCACCCCGAACAGCGCCCAGUGCGCAGCAGGCCUGCACUAAAAAUGUCUUGAAUGAAUGGAACGGAUGUGCGAUUGUGUGUCUUAAUGAGGUCCUGUUUGUGAUUGUCUCUGGAUGUGACUGCCUGUGUGUCUGUGGUUGUGUGUCUGAGAUGGGCAUGAGUGCAUGCCCUGGGUCUUAUGACUUAGUGUGCACGGCUACGUCUGAGGCUGCGUGUCUGUGGUCGUGUUUUGAUGACCAUGUGUGGUUGUGCGUCAGUGGCUACUGGUGCUCCUUGCAGACAUUGUUGAUGCCUCUAAGGAGGAGGGCCAUUCCCUGAGCGCAACCAGAGAUGUGGCUCUGAAGGCGCAUGCUCUCAGGGGCAGCCCAUGGGCCUGCCACACAAAUGCACUUCUGAGUGUUUGUUUUCAGGCUGGGGCAGAGGUGGGGGUGGGGGUGGCGGUGGGGUGCAUGCGUAUGCCUGGAGGCAGCUUUGCCUGCACUUGGGGGUCUAGGACACCCAGAACUCAGCAGACCCAAAUCAUGUCUGGCCCCCACACACUGGGUUGGGGUGAGCAGGGAGGCAGACCAGGGAUAGAUUAUUACUGCUCUCAUGCCCACCUUUCAUAGAACCCCUGGGAGACCAGCUCUUCCAAAACCAAAGAAGCUUCUGAGAUGUGAACUGGAGUCACUCAGGUGUCAGCUACAGGCCCAGACCAAGGCUUUCGAGUUCCUAAACCACUCAGUGACCAUGUUGAAGGACAGAUGCCUGCAGCAAAUCAAGAGCCAACAGCUUGAAGAGGCGCAGGAAGAGGAGAUUACGGAGAACCUGGUGAACAUCCAGAAGAUGCAAAAGACACAGGUGAAGCGCCGCAAGGUCCUGACCAAAAUGAAGCAGCAUGGGUAUGAGACAUCCAACUGGCCAGAGACUGAGGAGUUGCCACCAGGAGGCAGUGACUCCUGGAGGGAUGACCUCCAGAAGGAGCUGGGUGACAUAUGGUGAUGCCCAGCUCCCACUCUAACCUCUGACCCCUGACCCUCAUCUGCCCUGUGCUCCUCCCAAUCAGAUCAAGCAGCGGCCACCAGAACCUGGAACGCACCUGAGUCCACAUCCCCCUCUCCUCCCAGGACUCAUCUCCGCCCCUGCCCCCACCAUGGCCUCCCUGCCCCAGCUUUGAGCAGUCCAGAGUCGCCCCCCGGGGCCCCCAGAUCCCCAUCUCCCCACAGGCCCGCUGUGCACCUGCUGCAGAACUCCUUUGGUGGCCUCGCCAUAUACUCAGGGGGCCGCCCCAGGGCUGCGAGCCUCAGGGGUGAGUGGGGUUGAGCAGCACUCCAGGGGUGGGGGAGGUUCAUUCUCCAGCUUCACACAUGGAGGUCAUGUUCAGAGGCCAUAGUUGGGGGUGGUUGGGUCUGUUGGGUCUUAUUCUGGGGUCACAUUAAAUAAUGUUCUGGGGUGACAUUAAAGAGUCCCUGGAGGUUUCAUCCAGGGGUCACUCAGGGUCACUGUGAUCUUUUUUAAGGGUCAGUGGGGUAAAACUCAGGUGUCAUCGAGGUCAUACUUUGGUGUCAUGUUGGGUCACAUUCAAGGGACAUAAUCAAGGAUCACAUAAUAUCAAGGGCACUGGGCCCAUAUUCAAAGGCCACUCGAGGGUCACAUUCAGGGUUUGUGCCAGAAUUGCACCUGUCCCUCCUGCUGGCUACAAGGGGCACCGAUGCCUGAGCCCGCCACGCCCCUCCUGGGACUCGGACUCGGACUCAGACCAGGACCCUUCCCAGCCACCACUCAGCAAGAGCUGCUCCUUCCCACCUGGUGUGGAUCCUCCCCUGCCCCAACCUACCCUUCCCCUCCUGGCCUGCCCUGGAAUCCCGAAGUACACGCCCUUCCAACUCCCAACCUGGGCAUCUGCUCCCUGACCUCCAGCCCUGGGGUCCCCUGGACCAGGCCAGCCUCUGACCCACCCUCUUUCUCCACAGCCUGAGCAGCUGGGACUGCUCUCCCUGAAGACCCCUCCAGAGAGAAAAUAAACUAGCUGAGACCCUCCUCCACCUGUGGACUGCUGCUCCUGGCUGCUUCCUGUGCCUCAGAGUGACCCCCACAGUUUACUACCCAGUCUUGGGGAGGGUGUGGAGACCCCAGGGACUGUUCGGGAUAUGUGGGCCUAGGGUCAGGGGACAGUGUGAGGCUGGAUUUAGUAUAUGACAAGGUCAGGGGUAAGUCUGUCUAGAUACGAGUGGCCAGAUAGGCCCUUGGCGAUCUGGCCUGAUGUCCCUACUGCCCAAAUGGGGAAAUUGAGGCCCCUGACCCUCAUCUGCCCUGCGUUCCUCCUAAUAAGAUCAAGCAGCGACCACCAGAACCUGGAACCCACCUGAGUCCCUCUCCUCCCAGGACUCAUCUCCGCCCCUGCCCCCACCAUGGCCUCCCUGCCCCAGCUCUGAGCAGUCCAGAGUCCUCCGGGACCCCAAGAUCCCCAUCUCCCCCCAGGUCGGCUGUGCACCUGCUGCAGAACUCCUUUGAUGGCCUCGCCAUAUCCUCAGGGCGCCACCCUAGAGCCCCGAGCCUCAGGGGUGAGGGGGGUUGAGCAGCACUCCAGGGUGUGUGUGGGGAGAUCAUUCUCAUCUCCGCCCAGGGUUUCGGCCCGGGGUCACGCUCUGACACCCCACCCUCCUCUUCCUCUCAGCACCCACCAGGGUCCUCCCUCCCAACCUCCAACCUUCAUUCCCUCCCGAAUCUAUUCUAAAACGCCCUGACCCGAAGAGCAACAGAGGCCCCGCCCCGGAUCACGCUAAUGAGACUCCGCGAGGCCCCGCCUCACGGGUUAUGCAAAUAAUGCUCCCGGAGGCCCCGCCCCUCUCCCCGCCGCGGAGUCUGCGCUGCGCGGCGCGGCGCGGCGCGGCCCGGCCGGCCGACGGCGUCUCCAUCUCUGCGUUCGCUCUCUGGCCGGCCGUCUGUCUGUCAGUCCCGCCGCGCCGGGGCCGUCUAGGUGGAUCCGGGGCUCAGGCGGCGGCAGUCUAGACCCGGGCAAGCCAUGUGGAUGGGGCACUGGACCCAGAGUGCCUACCCUUACCUGCCUGGGCCUCAGUUUCCAAAUCUGUGCAAUGGGGGUGACCAUCCCUGCCCUGCUGGCCGCCAGGAGUGGCUGUGAGUCUGUGGGCGUGGCAGCGGCCUGCAGGAAGUCAUAGGGCCCUUUCACAGGCCCCACCCUGGCAGUGCCACUCCCUCCCCUUCCCCACAGGCCCGGCCUUCACCAUGGCGGGAGGGAGACCUCAGCUGAAGAGGAGUUUCUCCAUCAUUCCCUGCUUUGUCUUUGUGGAGUCGGUGCUGCUGGGCAUCGUGGUCCUGCUUGCUUACCGCCUGGAGUUCACGGACACCUUCCCCGUGCACACCCAGGGCUUCUUCUGCUAUGACAGUACCUAUGCCAAGCCCUACCCAGGGCCUGAGGCUGCCAGCAGAGCACCCCCGGCCCUCAUCUACGCCCUGGUCACCGCUGGGCCCACCCUCACGAUCCUGCUUGGGGAGCUGGCACGUGCCUUUUUCCCUGCACCACCGUCAGCCAUCCCAGUCAUUGGGGAGAGAACCAUCGUGUCCGGGGCCUGCUGCCGCUUCAGCCCCCCGCUGCGGAGGCUGGUCCGCUUCCUGGGGGUCUACUCUUUCGGCCUCUUCACCACGACCAUCUUCGCCAACGCAGGGCAGGUGGUGACCGGCAACCCGACGCCGCACUUCCUGUCCGUGUGCCGCCCCAACUAUACGGCCCUGGGCUGCCCGCCACCCUCACCGGACCGGCCAGGGCCCAACCGUUUCGUCACUGACCAGGGUGCCUGUGCUGGCAGCCCCGGCCUUGUGGCCGCUGCGCGCCGCGCUUUCCCCUGCAAGGACGCUGCCCUUUGCGCCUACGCCGUCGCCUACACAGCGAUGUACGUGACGCUCGUGUUCCGCGUGAAGGGCUCCCGCCUGGUCAAACCCUCACUCUGCCUGGCCCUGCUGUGCCCCGCCUUCCUGGUGGGCGUGGUCCGCGUGGCUGAGUACCGCAACCACUGGUCUGACGUGCUGGCCGGCUUCCUGACAGGGGCGGCGAUCGCCACCUUUCUGGUCACCUGUGUCGUGCACAACUUCCAGAGCCGGCCACCCUCUGGCCGAAGGCUCUCCCCUUGGGAGGACCUGGGCCAAAACCCCACCAUGGACAGCCGCCUCGAAAAGUUAAGUGUGGCCCAGGAACCCGAGGCCUGCAGGCCGCAUUCGACACCGGCACGGCUCACCCCAUCCAAGCCGCAGAACUGCGCCCACCGUGGCCACCUGAUCCCCAGCUGCGUGUCCUCCAGGGCUCCAGCCAUGUGUUCAUCACCCCGUGUGCCCCGCCCUCGAUUGAGGUCUGAGCCAACACCCUUGCCUCUGCCCCUGCCCCUACCCGCACCAACCCCCAGCCAGGGCCCCUCGCCCUCCUCCCCUGGGCCUGGGGGGCCGGGCGGGGGUGGUGGCCGUGGCCGGAAGCUGCUGCUGCCCACACCCCUGCUGCGGGACCUGUACACCCUUAGUGGACUCUAUCCCUCCCCCUUCCACCGGGACAACUUCAGCCCUUACCUGUUUGCCAGCCGUGACCACCUGCUGUGAGGCCCAACACCCACCCAGAAUCUGCCCAGUCCCCAUUUCUUCCCUGCCACGCGUGUGUGUGCGUGUGCUGUGUGAGUGCCAAAGCCCUUGUCCCCAAACCAGCCAGGCCCAGACAUCAGAGCAUGGCUGGAAGGACAUCUGGGGGACCCCCUGCCUCUCUUGCCCUCUGGGGCAUCUAAGUGGGCAUAAUUGGGAGAUGGGUCCUUGCCUCCUAGGAUUGCCCUUUUAAGGGCCAAAGCCUGACUCCACUGGCCAUUGCCUAGCCAAUGGGAGCCCCCCAGUUAUCAGAAUUCUGGCCAAAAGGAGUUUACUCCAGCCAAUAGGCGCCUCCCCAUCAUUUCUUAGAAUCCUCAGGCAAGAGGGCAACUCUAGCCAGUGUUCAGCGUCUGAACAAUGAAUAGGAGUCCUUGGUUCUCAGAAUUUCUAGGGUGGGUGGGUAUGAUUCCAGUCAAUGGGGGACCGCCCAUGUCUAAGCAUGUGCAAAGGAGAGGAGGGAGAUGGGGUCAUCUUUUGUCAUCGGGUCCUCUCUCCUCAGAAUCAGAGAGUCCAACUGGAGGGUGGGGGGCAGGCUCCCCCGUGGCAGGGUCCUUGGGGUACCCCUUCCUCUCUCAGCCCCUCCCUCAUAUGCAGUCUCUCACCCAGUCCCUCCUAACUCCCAACUUAUGCAGGGCUUGCCCCACUUCAGAGGUUUUGGGGUUCAGGGUGCUGCAUCCUUCCUUGCCUGUGCCCAGGUCACCCCAAACUCUUCUGUUAUUUAUUAGGGCUGUGGGGAAGGAGUUUUUUUUUCUUAGAACCCCCCCCGUUCUUCACACUGCCCCCCAUGCCUCAGCCUCGUACAGAUGUGCCGUCAUAGGGGCACAGGUGGAGCAAAGACGGCUCCCCACCCCAAGCAGCCAAAGGCAGUGGGCAGGGGAGACACUGCCCCCUUUUCCUGCCCCCUCCUCAUCUUUAAUAAAGACCUGUUUGUAACAGAA